AUGGAAUAAUAAUUGAUUGAGAAUAGGAGAGUAUCAUAACUAUUUUGUAAAAGUGUAGAAUCUUGUAAAAGAAUUGCUUUAGGACAUCUAGUUUACUGCAUUUGUAAAAUAAUUAUAGCAGUAGUACUAUUGACAAUAAAUGGAAUAAAAUCUUGUUUAUGGGAAGAUGCAAAUACUUGGAUGAUAAUUGUGAUAGCUGAAUCUAUAUUAGAAAUAGUUUUAUUUUCAAUUUUAAUGAAAUUGAUUAAAAAAACAGUAUUUAGCAUUUCAAAACUUAGCCUACACUCUUGAAUGUUGGUGAAGAAUUACAUUAAGUUAUUUAUGCUGAAAAUUCUUAGAUUGAUAAUUAUGGGGACAUUUCAGAAUUCUUAGCUAAUGAAAAUGAUGAUUAAACGAUACUCUAUCCAGAAAGAGAGUUUGAUAAAAAAAAGUUAUUAUUAGCUUAAUAAAUUAUGUCAGAAAUUUUAAAAAUACACUCCCCUCUUAAAUACUCUAAGCAUUUUGUGUUUUUAAUAAACUAAGGUCUAUUAAUAUGGGGAUUCAUAAUAGGAUUUGAAGUUCCAUGGGAUUCUGAUGAUGAAUGUAGAAACAGACUUCUAAUAACAAUAUAUGUAUUCUUAUUUUAUACUGUAUGCUAAUAUCUGGAUGUUUAUCUUUUAAUAAUUAUAGUUGGGCUUUGUUUGCCUUUUUUUAUAUGUUUUUUGAUUUACUUAAAAAUAAAAUAACCAAAGGGAAAGAAAGAUGCAAAUUAAAUAUUAGAGGAUCUUAAAAAAUAAUAUUUGAUUAAAUAUUCCCCAAAUCUAAUUGAAGGAAAUCCUGAAUGCAAAAUAUGCAUGUAAACAUAUUAAUUAGAAGAUGAAGUAUUAAAAUUACCAUGUCAUGAAUCUCAUAAUUUUCACUAUAUAUGUAUAUCAGCAUGGUUUAAAGUGAAUUUAAGUUGUCCUAUUUGUAGGAAAAGCUAUGAAGAUGAAGAGGGGAAUAAUGAAAAUAUAAAGAAUGCCAAUUAAGUUGAAUAGUGA